GUGAAAGUUCAGAGUCAGUGUUAAUCUGUAAGUGAGCAGAAAUGAUAUGGACUUCAAUCAGUAGCCAGAGGAGAGAGAUGAACAUCAUCUCCCAAACUAGGUUGAGGCCUUCUGCAACAUUUACUUUCACGCUUUUUUGGCAUGGAGGUCUGCAACACUUUCCCAAACUUGCCUAAAAUUAUUGAUCUAAAAGUGAAACUGAUCCUGGAAUCUUCAUUUACUCAGUAUUAUAUCAGCAUUAGGUUAUCAUUAAAAUGUGAUGGCCCAAGACGUCUGUGUAUUGUAGUGUUACAAAAUAGCAUCGACCACAGGAAGAGCUGAUGAUGUUUUACGGAAGAGUUGUGAGCUAAUAAUAAAAACAGGAAGAUAGACAGACAGACAGAGACGAAAUGGCUGAUAAGUGUCAAAUAUAUCUGCUGGGAUUGAUCAUUUUCUGCUCACUUCUCACAGGUGCCAGUGGAGUGAAAGACAUCGAUGUGUUCUGUAGUGAUGGAGUAAAUGUUACUCUGCCCUGCAUUAAUGCUCAUCCUGACUGUAGAUCAACAAUAUGGUUCUAUUAUAAAGACAGCAAAUCAACUGGAGAUGAACUGUUUAUUAAAGGAAUAAAGAUGGACUAUGAAAGACUGAGUCUGGGGUCUGACUGCUCUCUGAACAUCUAUAAAACCACAAAAGAAGAUCACGGGCUUUACACCUGCCGGCAACUGAAUUCUGAUCCAUUCACUGAUGUCAAUGUUUAUCUGCAUUUUCUUCAUGUGUCUUUAUCAUCCACACAGACUGAGAUUAAAGCAGGCAGAUCUGUCACUCUCUCCUGUCAAUUAUAUUCAAUAGAUGGAUAUGAUUGUGAGGGUUUGCUUCAUAAGGAUAGAUUUCAGAUGAUCUGGGUGAAUGAGUCUGAUGUUAAUCUACAAUCAGACUCCAGAUAUCAGAUCUCAUCUUCAACAAAACACUGUAACAGCAGUCUGACUACAACACUCCUGAAUGAAGACAACAACAGAGAGUUAAGAUGUCAGAUUAUUAAAGGAACUGAAGUUAAGACCUCAGACAGAUACACUGUCAAGUAUUCGGAUUCAGCAGACAGUGAGACUGUGACUGGAUUAUUAUUAAGAGUGAUUAUUUUUAUUGUUGAGUUUGCAGUACUGACAGCACCUACUGUUAUUCUUCUCUUGAUCAUCUGUGAAAGGAGAUCUGAGAAGAAGAGAAACAACUCACAACAUCUAAACAAUUGACAAAUCCAAAUGUCAUUUAUUUGUUCUUCUGUUGAAGUCUAAACUGUUGUUUAUUAAAGCAUCAUAGCUCUAUUUCUACUUGUAAACAUGACUUUGUAGACUAUGAUACUGUUUGCUUUUCUUAUAAAAUGUUAAAUGUAAUCUCAUUUGUAUGUCUCUUGUAAUUACAAAAGAUUACUUAAAAAUAAAGGUGAUACAAAGUUUAUUCGC